AUUUGGUUGUGGGCUGAUAUUUUCUGCUGGAGGCUUGGCAUAUACAAAUAGCUUUACUUUGACAUUGUUUUUGAUAUAUUAUGUGAAAAGUAUGUACCUAGUCUGCGAUCAAAGUGGAACAUGUUGUUGCCCUCUAUUUACUGUGACUGCUGCAGAUGUAUCUGGUAACUCUUUAACGAUAUCGGCAAACAUGACAGAGCCAGGAACUCCAUCACCAGCAUGUAUUCCACCAGAACCAAAGGCUUUACCACCAGGUGCGUUAAUUUCAAAUGCUACAGCAAACUUUACGACGUCUACACUGGAAUUGACUACAGCUGUCUAUUCUACAGAUGCAACAACAGCGGUUCCGUAUUCAUCAAAGUCAAGUACAGAAACAGACUAUGCUACAUCACAUUCUACCACUGUUUUCAAUCUUUCGGAUGCAACCACAAUG